CCUGCGAGGCCACUCAACCAUGUGCGAGCUGGAGUAAUCUUUAUUCACAAUGUCUUUACAAAGGCUCAUGCAACAGGGCAGCAAUGGCAAUUUGGCGGACUACUGUGCUGGUCCAGUAUUUAGCUCUUACCCCCAGCUCAAGGGCAGCUUGCGAAUGGAUGAUAAUAGACGGAUUCAAAUGCUGGCAGACACUGUGGCUACUUUGCCUCGGGGAAGAAAGCAGCUUGCUUUGACAAGAUCAAGUUCUUUAGGUGACUUUUCCUGGUCUCAAAGAAAGCUCAUUACUGUGGAAAAACAAGAUAAUGGAACAUUUGGAUUUGAAAUUCAGACUUACAGGCUCCAGAACCAGAACUCGUGCUCCUCAGAGAUGUGCACUCUGAUUUGCAAAAUCCAGGAGGACAGCCCGGCACACUAUGCAGGCCUGCAGACUGGUGAUGUCCUUGCAAAUAUCAAUGGCAUGAACACAGAAGGCUUUACCCACAAACAAGUUGUUGACCUGAUCAGAUCUUCGGGAAACCUGCUAACGAUAGAGACUCUUAAUGGAACAACGAUUCUCAAAAGAGCAGAGCUUGAAGCAAAGCUGCAAGUUUUAAAGCAAACCUUGAAGAAAAAAUGGGUGGAGUUCAGAUCUCUGCAGUUACAGGAACAGCGUCUGCUUCAUGGUGACACAGGUAACUGCUCAAGUUUCGAAAACAUGGACAUAGAUGAGUCGGUUUUGUUUGGAAUUCUGCCGGGGUCGGGCUCAGCCCUCCUGGACCGGAAUCGACUAUCCAGUGAGAGCAGCUGUCUGAGCUCCAUGACCGUGGACAGCGAGGACGGCUACCAGAUGUGUGUGUCUGAGGACUCAAGCAAGGGAGGCUUCAGUCGACAGACAAGCACAGAUGAUGAGUGCUUUGUCCCCAAGGAUGGGGACGAUUUCCUGAAGAGGUCUGUUUCCAGGAGGGACCGAAGUUUUAGUUCGGCCAGCAGUGGGUCCAUGUCACCCUUGUGGGAGGGCAACUUCUCAAACAUGUUUGGGACCCUGCCCCGGAAAAACAGAAGGGGAAGUGUCCGGAAACAACUCUUAAAAUUCAUCCCUGGCCUUCACCGUGCAGUGGAAGAGGAAGAGAGUUGCUUUUGAUGGGUUGUCUUGACCUUUCAUAGUAGCUUAUUUCGUAAAUAUCUUUAGACUUGUUUAGACUAACUCUACUCAGCCUGGUGGGAAAUUGCAGAUGGAUUGCAAAACUGAAACACCAUACUAUGACAAUGUGACCUUUAUUUAAAUUUUUGUACCAUAAGUUUUGCUUCUUAAAUCUUUUUUUUUUUUUUUUAACCAGAAAAGCUCAGGUUAUAAACAGAAAGUAAGGGAAUUGAGUAAUAAAUUGAAAAAUAAUAACAAAUUAAUGGACAUUCCUGCUCAUUCUAAUGUUGCCUGGGAAGGCAAAGGUAAAUAUUUAUUUUCUAGAUUAUGUGGAAAAUUGAGAACUUUUCAGAGUCAAGGGUAAAUAAAAGAGUGAAGGAAUAUAAUUAUUUGGAUUACCUUCCAUAUGUUCAUUGUAGGUCAUAAAACUUUGUUUAAGAUCAGUAGCCUCCAGGGAGGCUUAACAAUAGGUGAUUUUGAAUGUUCCUGUUUACAUCUGUGAAGGAUCAUAAACCAGAGGAUCAUUAGCUUUUUUUCACAUCCACAUCAACAAUAAAGCAGGAGGUAUAAGAUACAAAAAGAGCAGGAAUUAUAAGAUUCAAUAUGAGGGUUUGGGAUCCAUGGGAACAUGUUGUCUAAGAUGGGUGCUGAGCAAGAUUAUGAUAAGGGCUUUUAGAUAGACAGCCUAGACAAAAUGGGUGAGAAUGUCAUUCUUACUCAAUUUAAUUUUUGUUCUGUCUAAACGUUGAUGGGGAGUCUAGAAUUCUCAAGAUCCUGCAUAUAGCUUUGUAUUUUUUUUUUUUUUUU